CCGAGUUUUUAUCCAUUACACAUCAACUGAGAAAUAACUGGAGUUAACUGCCUUCCUUCCCUCAUUGGUUCUUUUUCUAAGGGCUCCAGUAUUGAGUCCCUCCCCGACAUCCUCUACUUAUUAUUCCAGAGAAACAUUGGUCCUCAACGAACCGGAUUAGCAGCGAGUGAGAGACAUCCCGUUGGUGCGUAGCAGAAAUUAACAGAAGAACUUUGGAGACAAGAAAUAUGCGCAACCAAUCUCCAAGCAAAUCAUACCACAAAUCUAAGAGGGGUAAUCAUGGGAACUACGACUGUAGAGUUUGCAAAGGAACCCAUCCUCUUAGACUGUGUCGUCGUUUCCUUAGCAUGAAUACCAUACAAAGAAAGGAAACCGUCCAGAAAUAUGGUUAUUGUCCUAACUGUCUUGCGCACGUACACUCCAAAAACUCCUGCUUUAGCACCUCCGGAUGCAAGUACUGUAAAAAACACCAUCAUACAUUGCUACAUAUUCAUCCACGGUUCCAUAUGCAAUCUAAUAAAUAUAAAUCCACCACAUCCGAUUCCAAAUCAUCCUGUUCCAAAUCAUCAGAUUCCAAAUCAUCCGGUUCCAAAUCAUCUGAUUUCAAAGGAUCCACUUCCAAAUUAUCCAAUUCAAGCAAUUCCAAGGCAUCAAAAUCAUCAUUUCAACGGCAAACCUCAGAGUCCAAGAAUGGCGUACCUAAAUCAGCGACAUCAUCUUCAGAACCAUCCUUAUCAUCAAUCCUAAAGCAAAAUGUAAUCACCCUCCUUCCUACAGCUAUAGUGAAUGUAGAAACCAAAAAUGGAUCCUACCAGGGCCGCUGUUUACUGGACUCAGGGUCAAAAAUGAGCUAUGUUUCCAAAAAAUUUGUCGAUAAGUUAAACCUUAUGACCUUAGAACUGGACGAUGAAAUAAUGUGCCCGUUGACCUUGGUUUCAUCUACCGAUCUUAACGAUAAAAUCCACGUUAUUCUUAGAGUCAAUAACAGAAUCGCGAUUACUACCCCCAGCCAAGAUUUACCUGAAGAAAUUAAGAAAAACUUUCAAAAUUUUGUCCUCGCCGAUAAGAAUUUUUACAAAUCUGCACCCAUUGAAUUAAUCUUAGGGGUUGAUAUUUACUCAAAAGUUGUAACUGAUGGUAUUUUUGUCCGCAGUGGUCUCCCUACUGCCCAAAAUACGACUUUUGGUAUAAUCUUAUACGGCACUGUCUCAAUUUAAAUAACUGAAUGCAAAUCCAAAGACUAGAAACAAACGUAGAAAACACAUUGGUUCACCAUAUUUAGUUUUAACUUCUUUCUAAGCAUUAAAACAUGAAUUUUAAAAUUUGCAAAUGAAAUCACGCUAUAAGAAAUUUUUGUUAUAAGAAUACUGAAUUGAAUGAUUUAUAAUCCUUAGAAUACUUAUCUUUAUUUACUGAGAUUAAUCUAAAAGGAAAUGUGGUUUUAAAUUAACGUUCUAAUGAAAGAUUAUUUGCAGUAGUACUGCAAGGGGGGCGGCGAUGUUAACGCAGCACCUCUUGCUUUAAUCUGUUUGCAGCGCAGCACUGUUGUACGUAUUAUCGUACCCAUAAUGCUGCGAUAGGCAAAUGCAUUCAUCGGUUACUUAAAAGAUAUAAGAUAAAUGUUAGAGAAUAAAAUGUUCGAAUUUCUUUUAUCAACCACAGCUUCCGUCCUUAGGUCUUAGCUUUAAGUAGUUCACUUUUUCUUCAACAUCCAUUGUGGUAAGAUCGUCGUCUUCCCAGAAUAAAAGAACUGAUCCGAAUUACAAUUCUAA